AUGGGUUGUGGAAAAUCAAAACAUGAUGUUGCUUUAGGAAACACCACAACCCUCUUACGCAAAAAAUCAAGUGUCACCUUCAAAGAAGAACAAGAAAAUGAGAGACAAACAAAUGACAUAAACAACAAUGUUGACAAUAAUGUAAGUUCAGUUGUGGAAGUGGAAGAGAAAGAAAAUGAAGUUGGUGUUGAAGAAGGUAAUAAGGAAGAUGAAGUUAAUGAGGUUAAAGAUGAAGAGAAAACAAAUGAUGAAGAAAAGAAGGAGGAUGAUGUUGUAGAGAGAUCUUCUAAUGAUGUUGAGAAAAAUGAUGAUGAUAUAUUGAUAGAGAAUAAUGAUGAGAAAAUCAAUUAUAUCGAAGAAAUUCUUGCAGCUACUGAAGAAGAAGAGAAAAAUAUUGUACAGAGAAAGUAA